AUGAACCGUCGGAUGCUACGAAAUUAUGUUGGAAAGACACAACGGGCUGCUGUUCCCCUUGAUGUUAUGAAACGAGCUGCUGAUGCAUUCAUUGCUGGUGCUAGUUUGAGAGAAGUAUCACGCAAUUUUGAUAUUGACAGAGCCACACUGCGUCGUUUUAUCAUGAAAUCUAGAGGCAAAGCAGAUAAUGAAAUCCAAACUGGAUACAAAAGACUAUCGGCAUCCAAGCGCAUAUUCCCUCUUCAAAUGGAGAACGACUUGGCACUGCACAUCAAGGAAUUAUCUGAUCGAUUUCAUGGUCUUAGCGUGCUGGGGCAGAGAAAAAAAGCUGGGAAGGAUUGGUUCCUCUCAUUUAAGGACAGAAACAAGUUGCCCGUUAGAGCUCCAGAAUCAACUUCUCUGGCUCGUGCAACUGCCUUCAACCGUUACAAUGUUACCCAGUUCUAUAACAACCUUGCUGCCGUUAUGGACAGGCACAAAUUCACUGCCAAUGACAUAUGGAAUCUGGAUGAAACUGGCUGCACUACUGUACAAAACCCAGGAAAAGUUGUUGCACAGAGGGGCAAAAAGCAAGUUGGAUCACUGACAAGUGCAGAGCGUGGAGAGCUAGUAACAGUAGAGUACUGUGUAAAUGCUAUUGGUAACGUUAUUCCCCCAUUGUUUGUAUUUCCUAGGGUGCAUUAUCGUGAUCACUUUCUGAACGGUGCCCCUAGUGGUGCUAUUGGAAGAGCAUCCCGUUCUGGUUGGAUGAAUGAAGAACUAUUUUCUGAGUAUAUGCACCAUUUUAUACAACACACUCGUUGUACUAAAGAAAGAAAAGUAUUGCUAGUAUUAGAUAAUGUUGAGUCUCACAUCACCAUUACAUCAAUCGAUCUGGCUCGUGAAAAUGGCGUUGUUCUUCUAACGCUGCCACCCCAUACAUCCCAUCGACUGCAACCUCUUGACAGAGCCGUCUAUGGUCCUUUUAAGAAGGCAUAUAAUAUAGCAAUGGAUGGAUGGAUUCGAUCUCAUCCGGGAAGAACAGUUACAAUAUAUGACAUUCCAACAAUCGUUGCAGAGGCUCAGCUCCAAGCAAUAACACCUCGGAAUAUCAAAGCGGGCUUUGCAGCCACUGGCAUCUAUCCCUUUAAUAGGGGUAUAUUCACAGAUGCGGAUUUUGCUGCAGCGGAGGUAACUGACCGCCUAAACCCCGAAACAGCUGAGGGCACUUCUGCUGGACUACUGUUACAAGAAAUAUGCUUUAUACGUUAUACCUCUUUAUACUUCUAUUAA